UGUAGGAACGGUUAGGCCUAUUCAUUUCCAUAGCUGUUAUUCAUACCGUUUCUGUAUUAUGCAAUAUGCCUAACUCGUAUAUCUGACAGUGAUAUUUAGAGCUUAUUGUACGCACACGACAACCACAAACCCAUCGGCAGUGCGAGAACCCACAGGAAAACACACUUUCGUGUAAAGAAGUAUAGAGAGGUAGAAAUCAUGGGCUGCGCUACGUCUACUUCCCGUUGUUUGCAUUGCCAUGGAUCUUCUGCCGAACGGAGGUCAUCAGAUCCAAGUGAAUUUACCUCACUUGAAACCUCUAAAAUUUCACACAUUCAGUCUUUUCGACAAAAAUAUGGUGUCAAUGCAAACAAAUAUGCUAUUGACGAAGAGGGACAUGAUAAUCUUGGCCUUGGUGAUCUUGACGAGGAUGACAUUUUCAAAAAAUGUGGUAAAAAAACUCCCAUAAACGAUGAGAGGGAAAAUGAGGUAAUGUCAUCAGGUGAUAGUGAACAAGUUAAUACAGACGAUUACCAUCCAAGAAAUUAUCCAGUGCUCAGGAAGCGCCCGCGAGAAAUUGCACCUACCAAACUUACGAUAGAAGAUCUAUUCUGGAAGGGUAAACGCAAUAUUAUUCCAGAUUUAUCUGCUCUACGGCGCUUUGAUGAACAUGCACUAAAGGCACCAGCGGACCUUAAAAAUGAUGUUACUGCUCUCGUUAUGUAUCUGACGCGAUUUGCAGAAACAGAACUCCAGAAGGCCCGAGUACUGUUUCGAUGGGAGGCAAACUACCUAUCAUAUGAUGUCAACUACCUCGACACGAAGAUUAGAGGGGAUAACAGUGCUGAAGCUGCGCUGGCACGUGGCGUAUGCGUAUGUGAAGGUUACGCAAAACUAUACAAAGUUUUAUGCGAAAAGGCUGGUUUGAAAUGUGAAUACAUUGGUGGUGGGUCACGUUCGGCACCAGGGUCGGACUACGAACAAUGUCGAGAAGACGGCGAACCUAUUGAACUUCCAGAUUCACACGCUUGGAAUAUCGUCUGGAUCGACGACAGACCAUACCAGUGUGAUUGCACUUGGGCAUCUGGAGGUACAGACAAAGAUUCUUCCGGGAAACACAAGUUCGAACACAAAUGGGUGGAGUCAAUGUUUAUAGCAAAUCCAAUAUCAUUUACGUCAAGGCACUUACCACGUGAUAGCAACAACCAGGCCUACGUGUUGGAAGAGCAGAUGAUUGAGUGUCCAUUCAAUAAUUUUGAUACUUGGAAUGCCACGGUGUGCUGGGGUUCUCUUGGAUUGGCAACGGGCAUACAGUUAUUAAGUCAUUCAACUGGCGUAAUUGAAUCUAAUGAUAAUUUAGUUGAGAUAACAAUACGUAACAGACAUGCAAUGAAAUAUACAGGUUCACUGAAGGAGGCGGUCAGUGAAGAGAAGUACAAAGACCGUGUGAUAUAUUUUACCAAGGAUGAUGUGACAACAUUUUAUGUACGUUUGCCAUUCAAGGGUAAUUUUAAUCUGAAUAUUUCUGGGAACCUUAUCAAUGCUUCUCCAGAGGUGACCGAGACCACUGACAAUGAACUCUUUUCGUACAAGAUAUGUGGUGGCCCGAGAAGUCAAAAGCCAUUUGCUGACAGUGAGAUCGCUGGACUGUGUUACGGCCCUUCCGUUGAAUUUCUUGAGGCUGGAUUCUUACCUAUGUUGCAUAUUGAUGGUCCUUUUGUUAAGUGCGUGGAUGGAAAAGUGUCUAUAGAGGUGGCACUUGUGGAAAAUGGACAGCUGAUUGCGAAUCUAACCCGAAUCGGUAAGGAAGACCAAUUACUAGACAGAUAUGUCUACGGUGAAUGGCUGAUGGAUAAAAUAGUGUACCACAUCCAAUGCCCGGCACCAGGCGAGUACAGAUUUGCAGUUUCAUUUCAGUCUGAUACUGCAGUAGAUGAUAACCAAUAUUUGCUGGGGUUACAGUAUCUAGUCACAUGUGAAGGAAAGUUUGCACGUAAGGAGCCUUAUCCACCUGCCGGCUCGGGUCAAUAUGGACCAAACAAGCACUUCUUAAAAGAAAAGUUUGAACUACUUGGUAUACCAACUUCUACCAUUGAAACAGUUGAUGGUCGCGGUACACUCAGUAUUCGAUUUCCAUCUAAACACGAUAUUACGCUAACUCAUUCAAUAAAAUCCACUGAUGAUGACGAACACAAUUUGUCAGAAAAAAUGGUAUGCGCCGAAAUAAAAACGGAUUGCAGAACGAAAUCGACAGAGGUUAACUACAAGAUUGUAGUACCAAUGAAAGGCAACCUUCUCUUACAACUCUUCGCCGGGAAAUCUGGAACACAAAGCAUUCCAUGUAUAGGCCAAUGGCUUAUUCAGUGUGAUAGACAAUACUUAGGCGACCUUUACCCAUCACAUAAGGGUAUUUACGGCCUUACAGCGCACGGCAAAAGUUCAGAACUUGAAAUAGUCUCACCAGAUGUCUCAACGAUUACUAGUAUUGACGGUACAUGUUGUUUAACAAUAUUGUGCCACAGAUAUUCCACAACUUCGUUUUCCUAUACUUUGGAGAACAACAUUACAUCUGCUUCAAUGAUACGUUAUGUCAAUGGUGAAGUCCAGUUGAGAGGGACUACUGAAGGUCUUAUCAUAUUCACAUUUAGACUUCCGAAAAAAGGUUUCUACAAGUUUAGUAUCUUUUUGGGCAGUCCUGGAGAGACCACCCUUCCUCUAGCUGGGUGCUGGCUGAUAGAUUGCCAUAAGAAAUUUGAAGGUGAAUAUUAUCCUGAAGUGCCAUAUAUUUGUGGACCCACUAAUGUCUUCUUCGAAGAGAACUUCAAACUAUUGAAACCAAGAAGAGGUAAUGUAAUCGCAAACGAUGGCACUUGUUCACUAAGUGUUCAAGUAACUAAAUUUAAAGAAAGGAAUGUAUUUCACAAACUUGAAGGUGAUUUUUCUUCUCAUAAUCCAUUUUCCUGUGUCUAUGCAGACAUAGAUAAUGCAAACGAUAAUGAUAAUGGAGACAAGGUUCUGAUGUAUCACUUUCGUUUACCAUCCCAAGGAUACUAUAAAUUCACUCUGUAUUCGGGACUAUUCGGUCAAAAUUCUGGCAAAUUACUAGGCUGUUGGCUAAUUGAAAGUAUGGAAGCCUGGACUAGAGAAUGCUUUCCUAUUUUCCAGCAAAUUUCUGGUCCACAUGGAAAGUUUUAUGAACAUGGUUUAGAAGUUGUUUCACCUCAGCGUUCCACUCUGACAACAAGCUCUGGUAUGUGCACUUUGAAUUUAUCUACAAGAGACUGUCGAAAACUUAACAUGAGCUGCACCUUAGAGUCAGACGACAAAACACGGACACAACUACGAGGUUGUGUUAGUCCACAAUUGUCAUAUAUUGGCAAUGGAAAUGGAGAGUAUACCAUAAAAUUUCGAUUGAUGCAAGUAGGUGUUUUCAAAUUUACAUUAUUCGCAGGUGAAGAUUGUAUGUCGGUAGGUUGCUGGUUGGUGGAAUGCGAUGAGCCGUGUGUUGAACGUCCUUUUCCUAAUAUAAACGGGAUCGUUGGUCCAAACAAAGAAUUCUUUGAUUCAGGUCUUGAGAUAGUUUCUCCUACAAUACCGCAUAUUAUAGCUGCUGACGGUACUUGCCAACUAGUGAUACGAUCAAAGGCAUUUGCUGAAAUUCUCUGUGAUCUAAAGUUGAACGGUGAAGGCGAUUCUUUAACUGAAAGUAUCACAUACAAUGCUUCAACAGCAGGACAGAUAAAAACUACAACGAUUACUUUCAAGCUUUUCAGUACUGGAGAGUACAGUUGUCUGCUCUUUGUGUCUCAAAAUGCUAAUUUCACAAAGAUUCCUUUUGUUGGCGCAUGGAUAGUGGAGUGCAAAAAGCCUGCACGUGGAACAUUGAAGAGCACAGCGAGACGACUAAGUAGAAAGGCACGUGGAAGCAUACGUCAAGCAGGUACUUUUCGACAAAGAAGAGGGAGGCGGGUGGUACUGGGCCAGACUGCAGCACCGUAAACACUAGUAUUUUUUUUCCCAAGAUACACAAAUAAUGAAUGUUUAUGAGUGCAGUGGAAAGAUUAUUUUCGUGGGUUGAAAGAUUGACUGUUGUUCCAUUCAACUCGGCUCGAAUGGAACAACAGUCAAUCUUUCUACCCAUGAAAAUAUUUGUUUCCAUUGGGGGAAUAAAAAACUUUCAUAUUUGUUUGAUAACACCUCUAAAAUAGAUUCUUGUCAUUUAAUAUUUUAUGAAAAAAAAUCUACCUUUUCCUAAAUGAAACAGUCCAGUGUCUUUUUAACCAAUGUAAGGAUUGUAUUAUUUUGAGGUGUGCAAUAUUGAGCGAAACGGAUAGAACAAAAAAAUGCACGGAUGGAAAUACCAUACUAGCGCGAAUAAGCGCCCCGUUUGAAUAAGCGCCUCGAAAUUCAACUUAAUUUUUAUGCUUCAACUAUUCGCAUCUAUCUAAUAGCAUUGUCGGUCGGUCAGUCCAUCUACUGUAUCCAUCUGUCGGUCAAACAUGAGUCUCCAUUAAGUUUAACAUUGUUUUCAGUUUUGAUGCAUUUUUAGAAUGCAAUUUUUGUUUUAUUGAUACCCUUUUGGGAUUUAGAAUUACAGUAUUUGAUAUAAAAGUAUUGUAUGGCAACUAAAAUAAACUGACUUCAUGAUUCCCGUAUUUAAGCAAGAAACUCUGCAAUGCUCCUGCUAAUCUGAAUUGACAGAUGGCCAACACGCUUACCACCACCACUUUACAUCUGAUGUUGUGUAAAUACCCCCAACAUUUAUGAGCCAUGCUAUCUCGACGAUUGCAUUUUUCUUCAAUUUUCAUCUAUUUCCUUAAGCGCCCCCCCCCCAUUUCCACUCUCUUUCUAUAAGCGCCACUCAAAAGAGCCAAAAAUAUUUUAAGCGCCCGAGCGCUUAUUCGUGCGAGUACGGUAACUAAAAAUGCACAGUGAAAUAAAUGUCCAUGAUGAGUAACGAAAUGGUGUAAAUAACCAAUGUCACGUGAUACAAAAUCCACCAAUCAAAUGACAAGGAUGUAAUUAGGCGCGUUAUAGAAUACGGUAUCCUACUGUGAGCACUACAAAGUCUACAGUACAGAUUUUACUUGCGUUAUCUAAUGUAGGCCUACUGUAAAAGCAAUUUAGAUAUAUAAUAGAGAUUACAGUACAGUACUAAUACUAUUAUAGUUUAGAUUGUAUCUAAUUGUUUAUUUUCAUCUGUAAUGUUCCAUAUACACAACAUUUCUAAUGCUUUGUUUUAGAAAUUUAAGUAGGCCUAUAUUCGUACCCUUAUAAUUGAUUUUAUAUAACAUAACAUUGCAUUUAAGGGGAAAAUCAAAAAUAGGCCUAAACUAUCAGUUAAAAUUUAAUUUAAAUUUCUGUAGGCUUUGCUACAUCGGUUUCAAACAAGCCUUACAUCUGGGUGUCUAUAAAAACGAAGACCGAAGACCCAAAAACAAAGACCCCUAUUUUUUCUCUU